AUGGCCGGCAGCACAGCCACAGUCACAUCCAAGACAUCUGGCGAGGCUCAAAGCAUCGUGAGCAGCCUGCUGCAGGACAGCAAUGCAGCACUGUUUGGACAGGCAGACUACAGCAGUAGCAACUGGACCAUACAGGCAGGCAGACCAGGCGCAGAAGAUGCCGGUGCAGCUGGAAGGAAGCUUCCAGCACUGAGCAAGAAGGGCGGCCUGAGGCAUGGGCUGACGCUCGAGCUUGCAGGGCCAAAUGUGAGGCCGCAGAAAGUGCCGGACGCUGAGAGCAAAAGCACAGGCCUGCCACUGAGAGGAAACCCAGAAAUUUCUGGGAGCAAGCGCGCUGUGUCUAGCUCGGCUCCAUCACCCUCAAAAGGGAUUGCAGGAAGUCAUGCCCACCUCAGCACAGGGUCAGGGCAGAUGCGAGGGCCUGCAACUGCAAUCGCCUCAGCCGGCAGCAAAGGAAAGCCAGCAGCCACGCAUGCGGAGGCUUCAAAGGCACGCUCGCCGCAGAAAGGGCCGGCCGUGGACACGAGCAAAUCUGAGGGAGCGGAUGUUGCCUCGCGCAAGCGGCCGGGCCUGCGCCCAUCGGAGAGGAGUGUGGAAGGAAUCAUGAAUGCUCCCCGGCCGGCCGGCAAGCUGCGGCUGCUGCCUCGGGCCGCGCAGCGCCCUGCCGAGCAAAGGGAGGCGUCGUCCCGGGUGGUGAUCGGAGUGCGCACGGAGCCUGCCGGGCAGGCGAUAUCCUCCGAGAACGCCAGGUCACCAGUGACUAAGGCGCCGAUGACCGCGCGGCCGCAGCGGCCGAGGGCGGGCGCCAGCGCGUGGCCCGAGACCGACGUCAGCGCGCGCAAGACCUUCAGCUUUGCCCACAAGGGGCUGUGGCUGGAGAAGCAGGAGAGGGCGUUUGGGGUCUGGCUGAACGCGGCCCUCGCGCCGGCACCACCUGGGGGACCUGGGGGAGCCGAUGGGGAGACCGCGGGGACUGACCUGGCGGCCAAGCGGCUGGAGGCGCGCGUGCGGGGCGUCCUGUGGCACCUGUACUGCGGCGAUCCCGACCUCAUACAUGUGAUGACGCGCAUUGAGGAGCGGAUCGAUGAGGGCUUCCUGCGCCUGAAAUCCGAGGAGGUUCGCAUGGGAGACAUGCGCACGAAGGCACAGGUGGCGGAGGUGCUGUCGGCAUACCACCCCUUCUGGCUGCGCCUGGGGCUGGAAAUCGUGGUGGGCAGGGCAGUGCCUAAGCAGGCCGGGGUUGGUAAUCGCGCUGAGCUGGACGCAUUUGCGCGCGCGCACUUUCUGGGCGACGCUGACCUGGCGCUGCAGCGCGCCGGCAACCGAGCGAUCGUGGGGCUGCACUCCGAUGACUACUGGGUUGAGUUGGGGCAGCUGGUGCUGAAGCGCUUCCUGCUGCUGGCUGCUCUGCUGGACCGGGCAGUGUCCUGGCCCAAGCCCUGCCCUAAGGGCACCCCCCUGCUCUUCCGCCGCGGCCAGCCAACCAAGUCAUCCGCGCAGGCGGUGGAGAAGUUCCUGCGCGGGCGCAUGCAUGGCGAGGGCGACGUCAUGCGCCACCUGGCGAGCCUGGGCCUGCGGCUGGGCUACGAGCAGGAUCCGCGCACCGAAUUCGAAUUCGGAAUCAGCAGCCUCGCCGCUGACCUGCGCUCCGGCGUUCGCCUGCUGCGCCUCACCGAGCUGCUCACAGGUGAGGCGGGCCUGGUGCAGGCCUGUCACUUUCCGGCGGAGCGGCGUUCCCUGCAGCUACACAAUGCGCAGCGCGCGUUCGCGGCGCUGUCGGCGUCCGACGCGGCCGGGAUCCGUCGGCACCGGCCGGAGGCGCUCGUCGACGGGGACCGUGAAGCCACGCUCGGCUUCUUGGCGACUCUCCUCUUGCAAUUCCAGCUGCCGGCAGUGCUGGAGCACAGGGCGCUCGUGGCCGAGAUAACGCGCAUUCAGGCGAUGGCGCCACCGCGAGACGGCGGCCGCGGCCCGGCCUCCCACCCAGUCUGGCCGCUGUCUACGGCCAAACCCAAAUGCGCUGCCGAGGCGGCCACGCAACUGCUCGACCUGCUGCUCAGGUGGGCCAGGACAGUCUGUGGCCGCUCGGGUGUCAUUGUCCGUGACUUGGCUGCCGGCUCCUUCGCAGACGGCAGAGCCCUUUGCUAUCUGGUGAAUUUCUACCUGCCGUGGCUGCUGCCGGCAGCGCACAUCUGCCACGUGCCUGAGCAGGCGCCUGCGGAUGAGGAUGACUCAGAAAGCCACUUCCAGCGCCCGCCGUGGAUAGCGGUGUUGGAUGAGGGGGAGCAGGCGGGGCCGAGACGUGCAGCUACACACAGGAACUUUGAGCUGCUGGCGGUGGCCACCGCAAGGCUGGGGGGCGUCCCCCCCAUGCUCACUGCCGACGACUGCUGCGCCCCAGGAGGGCCCCACGAACACGCCAUCAUCGGGUACGUGGGGUUCCUGUGUGCGCGGCUGCUGGAGGUUUCAACCGAGGAGCGCGCGGCCCACACCAUCCAACGCCACUGGCGCCUCUCCCGCACCCGACGCGCAGGCGGCGCCCGCGCGCAUCUGCACGGGUGGAUCGAGGCGGCCAGGGACAUUCAGGCGGCGUGGCGCGCGCGACGGUUCCGCGCCCAACUGGCGGCCGGCCCGGCGCGGCGCGCGGCGCUGCGGCACGGGAUAACGCGGCUGCAGGCGCUGUGGCGCGGCCGCGCGCCCCGGCAGCUCUUCCUGUGCCAGCGCGCAGCGGUCGCUGUGGUGAGGGGCUGGAGGGACAGGCGGUGGGUGCUGAACCACAUCACCAUUCCAGCCAUCGUGCAGCGCUGCCUGGAGGCCAGACAGGCUCUCAUCACUCUGCGGCUGCAUGCGUACAUGGGCCGCCACGCAGCGAGGGCGCAGGCGAUUAGGCGGGGCGCGGUGCAGCGGCGAGCCUUCCUCCGCCAGCGCGCAGCUGCCGUGCAGCUGCAGGCCGCCUGGCGCGCGUCCGUCGCGCGCCGCGCCCUCUCGAGCGCGCGGGCCGCGGCCGUCGCCGUGCAGAGCGCCUGGCGGCGCUACGUCGCUCGCCGCCACUUGCAGCGGAUGCGCCGGAUAUGCACCGUCAUCCAGGCAGCCUGGCGAUGCCAUGCGCAGCGCAGCAGGUUCGUCGCGUUCCGCAGCAGCGUGGUCGUGGCGCAGUCAGUCGCGAGGCGCCACGCAGCCAGGCGGCGUUUUGUGGCAUUGCGGCAGACCACAAUCACCGCGCAGAGCCUCUGGCGCGGCCGCUGCGUCCGGCGCAUGCUGUGCACGCAGAAGGCCGCUGCAACUCUGAUACAGGCAUGCUGGAGGCGGUAUGUGCAGCGCCGAAGCUACCUGCAGCUUCACGUGUCGGCCAUAUGCAUACAGGCACAUCAGCGGAGGCACAUGGCCCGGAAACACUUCAAAAGGGUGCAGUGGGCGGCUGCUGUCAUCCAAAAAUGCCACAGGGGCGCUUCAGUGCGCCAAGAGAUUGCCAGGCAACAGGCUGCGACCUUGCGUAUUCAGGCGCACUGGCGGAUGCACGCCUGCAGGAGCCGCUACGCGCAGAGCCGUCGCAGCAUUGUUGUGCUUCAGUCGCUUGCGCGGAUGAGAUCCUGCCGACAGAGCUUCCUCCAGGCAAAGGCGGCGGCGAUUUGUAUCCAGCGCUUUGUCAGGGGCGCACAGGCGCGCGGCAGCUAUGUUGCCCAGCGGACGGCUGCAGUGGCCAUACAGGCGCGUUUUCCCUUCCUGCGCGCUGGCGGGCGGCCAGGCAGCGGCACAGCUUCCGCCGAGACCGCGCACGAAUUGUCGCCGUGCAGGCAAUUGUCCGACGGCGCUUGGCGCGGCGCCGCUUCCUCGCACUACGAUCCGCCGCUGUCACGCUCCAGGCAUGUUGCGCAUUGGCGGGGUCGGCAGGUGAGGUUGAGUGUCGCGCGUCAGCACAGGGCGGCCCUCACGCUGCAGAAGCAUUGGCGGGCCGCGCGGCUGCGGCGGAUCUUCCAUGCAGACGUUGCUCGCAUUGUCAUCGCCCAAGCCGCCGUGCGAAGGUGGGCGGCGCGGCGGAGGUUCCUCCGGCUGCAGGCUGCUUCCACAACCCUGCAGGCGGCAUGGCGCGGGCGGUGCGCGCGGCUGCAGGCGAGGCAGAUCCGCGCAGCCAUCGUCCUUCAGGCGCUCGCGCGCGGCUGGGCCGUCAGGAGCACUCUUACCAAACAGCGCCGCGCCGCUGUCAUCGUCCAGUCAGCCUGGCGGGGGGGCCUCGCGCGCCGCCGUUACACGAGGAACCGCAGUCGCGUUAUCGCCUGCCAGGCGGUGGCGCUGCGGUGGCUGGCGGUCCGGCGGUACCGGGGGAUCCGGCACGCGGCGGUCGCCGUCCAGGCCGCCUGGCGCGGCCGGGCCGGCCGGCGGCUGGUCGCACGCAUCCGUGCGGCCGUUACACUGCAGCGGCAUGUGCGCGGCCGGGCCGUGCGCUUGCGCAUCGCCGCGCAGACGGCUGCGGCCGUCAAGAUUCAGGCGGCGUGGCGGGGGUGCACCCAGCGGAGGGCGUUCCUGGCAGACCUCCACAGAAUCGUCCACGUCCAAGCCGCCUGGCGGGGCGGGCAGCAGCGCACGCAAUUUGUCCGCAUGCGCGCUGCGGCCGUGGCGGUGCAGUCAGCGUGGCGCGCCAACCGGGCUCGCCGCCUGCGCAAGCACAUGCUCGCCGCCAUCUGCAUUCAGAGGCAUGUGAGGGGCUGCCAGCUGCGCAAGAGCGUGGCCAGGAUGCGCGCAGCCGCUGUGGUGAUCCAGGCGGCCGUGCGAAUGCGCAUCCAGCGCAACAAGUUCCUGGCAAUGCUAGCACUGCAGCGGGCCAUGAAGGACAUGUACAGGGCGGCCCGCAGAUUCGCAAGGCGCACAGCAGCCACCGUCAAAAUCCAGGCGCUUGCAAGGGGCUUCUUGGCUCGGUGCGAGUUCCGGCGGCGGUUGGCGGUCAAACGCGCGCGCGAGGCGGCUGCCAUGCACAUCAUCGCCCCCUGGGCACGCACCGCCCUGGAGCGCUGUCGCUUUCUCACCCUCAGGCGGGCCACACUGGUCAUCCAGAGAGCGUACUGCCGCCGCCAUGUACGCAGGACUCAAGCGGCAGUGGCGAUUCAAACAGCGACUCGGAGAAUCCUUGCGCAGCUUCAUUACACGCGCCUGCGCCGCAGUGCAAUCUGCAUCCAGGCGAGGUGGCGGGGGGCGCGGCAGCGGAGGAAGGCGGGGAAGCCGGCGGCAGCUGCCAGAAGGCGCCUGCAGGUGGCGCUGCAAAUGGAAGCUGCCCCGCAGUCGACGCUGGCCGCGCGCACGGCCGCAGCCCUGCACACUCUGCAGCAGAGCUUCCACCUCAGCCAGGCAACCUUUGUGAUGGCAGCUGCCAAGGACCUGCAGCUCUGCGUGUAUCUGAGCUCUGCAUGCGCAGAGGCCUUUGUCAGCGGCGGGGGAGCCUCCUCUCUCGUCCACUACAUGCGCAGCUGCAACAGGUCUGCGCCCCAUAUGGGCUUAUUGAGAGAUGGCCUGUCGGCGCUGGGCCACGCGGCGCGACGGCGUUCCCUGUCCGCUGACGUGUACUCGGCAGAGGACGCCGGCGUAGACUGCCCCUCCCUCAUGGCCGCCAUCAUGCUGCAGCACCGCGACCACGAGGAGGUAUACAUGUCUGCGACGGCGAUCUUGUUGGGCGCGGUCGGCUGCCCGGAGCGGGCCGCCCGGUUGGGCAGCAACGGGCAGACACUGAAGCAGCUGGAGUCACUGGGGCAGCUGCUCACCAGGAAGCUCGACAUGGAGUCCAAAUACCUCAACCGCCUCGAAGGCGCAAAGGGGUCUGAUGUGUCAGCAAGGGAUGCGACGCGCAAAAUGGUGGCAGCUAGGCGGCAGCUGGUCAGCUUGCACAGGAUUCUCUGUGCAAUCCCCGGAGCAGUCCCCAGCAAGGAGCUUUUGGCGGCGGCUGCCGAGGCAAAUGAAGGCAAUUUGCAUGCGCCAAGAAACACUAUUGUUCGCGACGUGCUCAAAUGCCUACACCACUGA